AUGCCAUUGUCACGGGGGUCGCGAGGCAUCGGCAAAGGCAUAGCUUUAGAGCUUGCCAAGCGCGGUGCCAACGUCCUCAUCACAUACGAGAAGUCCGCCAAUGCCGCCGAGGAUGUUGCGGCUGAGAUCGAAAAGCUCGGAACAAAAGCAAUCGCUCUCCAAGCAAGCUCUCAAAAUAUCGAAUCACCCCGCAAGAUCGUGGCGGCCCUCGUUGAAGCGUGGGGCAAAGUUCACAUCAUCAUCAACAACGCCGGGAUCGGCGACGACAUUUUCCUCGACGACUUGACCGAAUCCGACUUCGAUCGCCACAUGAUCAUCAAUGUCCGCAUGCCCACGUUCCUCGUCAAGGCGGCGAUGCCUUUCUUCGGUGACGCUCCCCGUAUCGUCAACCUGUCCAGUGUCAUGGCACGUGUGGGGAGCGCGCAGGCGACUGCCUACACUGCCUCCAAGGCAGCUUUGGAGGGAGUCACUAAAGUGCUCGCCGUUGAGCUGGGCCAUAAGUAUGGCGCUACAGUGAACUGCGUGAAUCCCGGUCCGGUGGAUACCGAUAUGUGGCAGCAGACAGACAAGGCGGUGCGCGAUGAAUGGGAGGCGAAGAAGGCCGUGGAAACUCCUGCAGCACCGCGGAUUGGCACGGUGGAGGAUAUUGCGCUUAUUGUGGCCUUUUUGAGUGAGGAGCAGAGCAGGUGGACGACCGGUAGCACGGUUUGUGCAAAUGGGGGAAUGGUGUGUGUAUGA